AUGGGCAUCGUGGAGCUGUGGACUCUCUAUGCACUCGCUGUCUCCUUCACGUGUCUGCGAACAUAUGCAAGGAUCACCGCCGUGGGCCUCCGCGAGCUACAAGUAGAUGACUACCUAGUAUGGAUUGCUAUCCUCAUCUACACCGCCCAAUGCAGCCUCGGGUACAGUCUGGGAGUGCACGUACAUGGCCUCGCAAAUGACGGCAUGACGCCGGAUGAGCGUGCUGCGCUGUCGCAAGACGACCCCGAGUUUAGAUUGAGAGUCAUCGGAUCUAAGAUUCAGGUAGCUGGCUGGACCACCUCUGCCUGCCUACUCUGGUCUCUCAAGCUAUGUGUAGCAGCCUUCUACCUUCGUCUCACGGUGGGCCGGCCUUGGGAUGACCCUUUGAACAGUGUUGAGCUCACCGCCUCUUGGGGUACUCGCCAGACCUUCAUCGCCAUAUUUACGACGAACCUUCCCAUGAUCUUCCCAUUGCUCAAGAACUGGCUCUCGCCUUUCCUACUCAGCACGAUCGGCUCCAGCAACGCAAAAGGGCAAGAGCCCCCAAGCAGUGACUUCGAAACAAUCGGGGGCGGAUCCGGGCCCGGUGGAAAACGGGCUAGCCGAAGGACGCCGCACCGGGCGCGCCACACCUUCGGUGGCCUGACGCUUGACAAUGAGAGCGAGGAGGACAUGAUCAAAGGGGAUGAUGUGGCGAUGCAUCGCAUGCAGCGCGACAACCUUGAAGCAGAUGGAAAGAAUACUAUCGUCGUGUGCAGCGAGGUCAGCGUGACAUCCGAAGAUCAUAGCGGUGUCCAGAGAAAGGCAUCUUUCCAGAUCAUGUAG